UUUUUUUUCAUUUCUUCCUUUUUCUUUUUCUUUUUUCCUUUAGUAAUACAAUUCAAUGAAUUAUCAUUCUGUGGCCGAUAUAGAAAAGGCCUCCACAAAAGGAAAUUUAUCAAGUCAUAAUCGAUCAAGACGAUGGGCAAGUCAAUGGAUUGUCAUUGGGACAAGUACUUUGGCACUAUGUCUUGUUUGUUUCAAGUUAUCUCUUCCUUUGAUUGCAGCCUCUCCUUUCCCUAGUGACAAUAAUACAAAGACUUCCGAAUCAUGGAAAGGUCAACUUAUAAAAGGUACCCAUGGAGCUGUAGCGGUUGAAACAGAAGAAUGUUCAAAUGUUGGUGUGGAAAUUUUGCGUCGAGGAGGUAAUGCUGUUGACUCUGCUCUUGCUUCAACUCUUUGUAUAGGUGUGAUGAACAACUUUGCUACUGGUAUUGGAGGUGGAGGAUUUAUGUUAAUUCGAUCACCCAAUGGUACUUUUGAAUUCAUUGAUUUUCGGGAAACAGCACCUCAAGCUUCUACUCAAAAUAUGUUUGUGGAUGAUCCAUUACUUGCUCAACGUGGCGGUCUAGCCAUCGGUGUUCCUGGUGAAAUCAGGGGAUUGGAAUUGGCUCACAACCGACAUGGUGCAUUACCUUGGGCAGAUCUAUUCAAACCUGCGAUCGAACUUGCGAGAAAUGGCUUUAAAACAACAAGAUAUUUGCAUGAAAAGCUUUUGAAAGCAGAGCCUUGGAUUUUAGAAAAAUCAGAAUGGAAAGAUAUAUAUGCACCUCAAGGAAGAGCUGCUCAACCUGGUGAAAUCAUUAAACGUCCUACUUUGGCAAAAACAUUAGAAAUCAUUGCUAAUGAAGGUGCCAAUGCAUUCUAUGAGGGUCCUAUUGCUGAAUCUAUGAUUAAGACCAUCCAACAGGCUGGAGGGAUCAUGACUUUGGACGACUUGCGAAAUUACAAACCACUCAUCAGACCUACCAUCAGUACAUAUUAUCACGGUACAAAAAUCACUACUUGUUCAGCACCUACUAGUGGUCCCAUUCUACUGAGUAUGCUCAACAUUCUAGAAAGAUAUAGUCUUCAUACACUUGGUCGGAUUGGUGUCAAUAUUCAUAGACUGGUAGAAGCCAUGAAAUUUGGUUAUGCUUUCCGUACUGAAUUUGGAGAUCCUGAUUUUACUCAUUUGGAAGAUCGUUAUCAAGAAGUGAUUACCAAAGAUUGGGCUUCAAAAGCACGAGCAAAUAUAUCCGAUUAUGAAACUCACUCUCCACUUUAUUAUCAACCCAAAUAUGAUCAUAUUGACAAUCAUGGCACAAUGCAUCUUACUGUGGUGGAUGAAAACGAUGGUGUGGUGGCCUUAACUUCCACUGUCAAUUUGUUAUUUGGUUCUCGUGUGAUGGAUCCAGAAACAGGCAUUAUUUUCAAUGAUGAAAUGGAUGAUUUUUCUAUUCCUGGUCAACCCAAUGAUUUUGGUUUAUAUCCAGCUGUUUACAAUUAUGUUGCUCCUGGAAAACGACCUCUUUCUUCAAUUACACCUACUAUUGUCGAACAAGAUGGUAAAUUUGAAUUUGCUCUUGGUGGUUCUGGUGGUUCACAAAUCGCUACAGCAAGUUUAAAUGUAAGUGAGAUCAAAAAAAAUUCAAAAGCAGGGAAAUUUAAACCAUUUUUUUUUUUUCGUAGGUGUUAUUGAAUAUAUUAGAUUUUGAUAUGGACCUUUACAAAGCUAUAGAAUCACCUCGUGUUCAUCAUCAAUUAAUGCCCAAUCGUGUAGGCUUGGAACAAGGAUUUGAAGAUGAACUCAUCCAUGCAUUAGAAACUCGAGAUCAUCAAGUAAGCAUUUUAUAAUUUGAAAUUUUCCUUUACUUAUUCUUGUUUUCUUGUAGGUUUACACCUUGACAAGAAAUAUGACUAUAUCGGCUGUACAAGCUGUUCGACGAUUAUCUGAUGGUGUUGUUCAUGCUGCCUCUGAUCCAAGAAAAUAUGGUCUUGCCUCUGCUUAUUGAUUUUCGUUUUUAUUUUGUAUUUUAUUAUUAUGAUUUUUUUUUCUAUUCUAGAUAGAUACAAUUUUUUUUUGUCACAUAAUAUACACCUUAUCUAUUUUUUUGACACCCAUCCUCCAGG